AACAAGUUUGAUGCAACCUGUAACCCUUUGGCAUCAACAACUCAAUACAGCCGCGCAGUGUUUGAUGGGAACUACUAUUACUACUUACCUUGGGCCCACACAAAGCCCAUUGUCACCCUGACUUCCUACUGGGAGGAUAUUAGUUACCGCCUGGACGCAGUGAAUACUCUCCUAGUCAUGGCAGAAUGGCUGCAAUCAAAUAUAGAGGCUGUAAAAUCAGGGAUCCAAGGUAAAAUUCCUGCAAACCAGUUGGCGGAGGUGUGGCUGAAGCUGAUAGAUGAAGUCAUAGAAGACAUGAGAUACACCUUGCCUGUCACAGAAGGAAAAACCAACGUCACAGUUCUAGAUACUCAGAUCCAAAAUUUGCGGUCCAGGUUUCUCUCGCAGAUACAUGAGGCAGCUCUGAGGAUGAGAUCUCAAGCCACGGAUGUGAAAUCCACCUUGCUGGAGAUCGAGGAGUGGCUCGAUAAAUUGAUGCAGCUUACUGAAGAGAAGAAUCUCUACAAAGAUGUGAUGCUGGAGACCUACUGGAACCUCAAUGUUAUAGGUUCCUAUUGGGAAGACCAUCAUAUUGAAGAACAAGGUCAAACUUCUUGAAGUCCUGAAAGAAUAAUGAUACCUAAAGCCUAAUGCUGGGGAGAAGAAAAGUAGAUGGUGCUUCAGUUCCCAGGCUUGGAGUCUGAGGUUGAGACCAUGAAGGAGAAAGAAGAUGAAGAAAGAAGACUGUGCCAUGGGGCAGGUGGAUUGGCCAGGAGGACUGGCCUGGUGUAUGAGCAGUCUAGGUAGAACAUGGAAAAUGAUAUCUCACAGCUAUUAACAGGAACUAUACAAAAUAGUCAGUCCAACUGCAAUAAUUUAAAUCUUAUUAUAAAUACCAAGUCCUUUGUGCUAUAUUUGGUACCUUUUUGAUUCAAGUGUGGUAAUAAAUAAAUAAAUAAUAUUUACCACAUCAA